CGCCUCCGCGCCGGAAGCCGGAAGCGCGGGGCGGCCGGGGCACGGCACGGCGGCGGCGGCGCCUGCCGGGGGCGCCUGGCGCCGGUACCGGGCGGCCCGCGGCCGCUUCGCUCGGCCCUGCUCUGACGCUGAGCUGCCGCCCCGCUCCGUGCCGCUCCACGCGGGUGCGCCGCGCCCGGCGGAGCGGGUAGGACACCGGCGCCGUCCCCGCCCGCUGCCCGGUGCGUCCCGGUGCGUCCGGUACGUCGUUGCGUCGCAGAAGCCGUGGCGCGAGUGCUUUGUAGCCCCUAAAUGUUUCCCGGCAGCACAGGGUUGUUCGAAAUCACUCAGCGAUUUUUAAACCUACGAGUGUUGCAUCAAGCUCCCUACCCGGCCAACAUUAAGCAACAGCGUUACUGGUAGCCAUUAGUGAGGGGAGUGGUGCCACCCUACAGCCAGGAAAGAGAACACGCAGGAGGAAGGCACAUCAGAUGGGGCGAGGAGCUGGAGAGCUGGCGAGGUGCAGGAAGACGCGUGGUGGCAGUGAUCCGUGAGCUGCUGCGGGUCCCGAGCGUGGAAAACAGCUCGGGGAGAGCAGGAUUUGUGAAUGGGAUGGUGCAGCGAGAGCCAGCUGGAGCCUGGGAGUCGGCGUGACGUCGUCCUGCUAUCGAGGGGCUGUGAGUAGGUGUUUCCUUGACAAAAACGUCUGGCAGGCGAAAGUGAUCCUUCCAAGCACGCUGUGAAAAGGAAGAAAAAAAAUAAAAUUACAAAGUCAGCUGCCAAAGAAGGAAUGGAGCCCGCACCUCCCCUGGGAGGAUGGACACCCUGAAGAACCGGACCGUGGAGGAGCUCCGGGAGCUGCAGGAAAAUGCCGAGGAGAUCGAGCGCCUGGCCCUGGAGUCGAGGGAGGUCCAGGAGCUGCAGCUGGAGAGGGAGAUGGCGCUCGCCGCUAACCGCAGCUUGGCCGAGCAGAACCUGAAGUUCCAGGAGCCCCUGGAGACGGGGCGCUCCGACCUCUCCCGCAAGUACGAAGAGCUGCAGAAGCUCGCCGAGCGCUGUAAGGAGCAGAAGGCGAAACUGGAGAAAUUUUCAGCAGCAAUGCAUCCUCAGAUGUUGCUGGAUCUCCUGCAGGUGGAAAGCCAAAAAAUCGAAGAGGAGUCUGAGAAAAUGGCUGAGAAGUUCCUGGAGGGCGAGGUGGCCCUGGAGACCUUUCUCGAGCAGUUUUCCGUGAUGAGGAAGCUGUCCCACUUGCGCCGGGUCAGGGUGGAGAAGCUGCAAGAGAUCCUGCGCAAGUCGGCGGCGCCGCAGGAGCCCGGCAGGGACUCGAAGCAGCAGCAGCUGCCUCCUCACACCCCUGCAGACGCGCCGAAGCCGCAGCCUGUCCCCUCGGGGGCACCUUCCUUCCCUCUGCCCUACAGCCCGGCCCCGGGCAUGCCGGUCGGCCCCACAGCCCACGGAGCUCUCCCUCCUGCUCCUUUCACUGGCGCCCCGGUCACCGUGGGACACGUUGCUGCCUCGCAGCCCAGCACCCAGCCCGUGUUUCCCUGCCAGCCUCCGGAUGCCGGAUACCCGCCCGUGCAGGCUGCCAGCUCCGCGCCGGGCUACCCCCGGCCUCCCUCAGGAGCCCCCUCCUCUGUGCCAGCCUACUCCUGGUCUCCGUCCAGGGGCCCGCCACACGCCCCCUCCUUUCCGGGCCCUCUGCCCUCCACUCCGCCGCCCAGACCCGGCUACCCUCCCUAUGCACCCCCCGGGGCAGGGAGGCCGCAGUGCCCCUACCCGACUCAGCCUCCCCUUCCCAGUUUCCCAAUCCCCCCACAGCCUCCCUAUCCUCCGGGGCCUCCCUUUGGGUACCCCCCGCCACCAAACCCUCAGCGCCCCGCUUGGCCUGGCUACUAAACUGGGACUCACGGGCAGCGUGCUCUGCUGCUCCCUCCUCGUUGCGGACUGAGGAAGAGGAGCGAGCCGAGAGCAUCGUGUAGGAUGAGAGACGUGGCAGGCGGUCGCAGCUGCACCUCUAGGUUCAGUUUGGGACGAUUGCUGGUGGGCCGGAGCGGCCGCUCUUCCCAGUCUGUUUGUCCAGGCUCCGUUAUAAAUUCCAGGGAGCCAUCGAGGUACCGGUGUGGGGUACGUGGGAGCGAUGCGCACUGAUAGCACCCGCUGAGAGCCUGACCCGCCGUCUGUGCGUGGGGGGGCGAGUGAGAGAUCCUCCCUGCGUGCCUGUCGUUUGCUCUUUGGAUAACACGUGUAAUGCAGUAAUUCUGAGCCUUUUCACAGGUGUUUAAAAGGCACGGUGGGAAUCACUGACAGUAUUUCUGACACAAAAUACUCACGGCCCUCCUGGAAUUGAGAGGCAGAGCCAGCCAGGCUUGCAGGUGGACUCGUAAUGUGUCGUAGCAGGGAGAAGCAGCGAGCCAGCCCCUUGGGGGACUGGCCAGGCCUCGAGGUGUGUCUGUGUUUUUACGCUGGUGUGGGGUGACUUCCAAACCAGUUCUGCCUGAGGUGUUCCCACUGACUGUGAGGUCAGGUUGCCCUCGGCCCAAUCCAGGUGCUCACGGCUCACUGGGGAGCAAAAACUGGGGCGUUUUCUGGGGUGCUGCAGGCUCCAGCCAUCCUCGUGUUCCCCUCUCUCCUCAGGAAACACUAGGUAACGGGGUGCCCCCAGCUCUUAAUGGAAAUGGGAUUUGCUUUGCUCAGCACUUUAUCCUACGAAUCCUGCUUGUAUCCAUGUAAGUUAUUUAUAAGGAACGAUUACUAAUGGACUAGAAAAAGAGGAAUGCUUUGGGGGUUUGAUGGACAUAGUUCCGUAUCGUGGUUAAUUACAGUAAUAAAACUCAAUGAAUUGCA